AUGGAAAACAAGGCAGUGCUGGUUGAAGGUUUUCUAAGGGUUGCAUCCAUUGUUUUGGCCACCAUGAGUGCUCUUCUUGUGGGUCUUGAUACACAAACUAAAACAAUUUUAUUCAUUCCUAAGAAAGCCACUGCUAAGGAUUUGCAAGCUCUGUGGGUUGUUCUGAUUAUUGCUUCUGUAGCUGCAUGCUAUCAAGUCACAAGAUUGUUCUGCGUGGCUUUUGUUUGGUGGGUGAACCGUCCAUGUUUGUCUAGCAAACUUGUUGCUUGGAUUUGUCUUCUGCUAGAACAGGCAAUAACAUAUAUGAUGUUUGUGGAAACAGUAGCCGCAACACAAGCAUCAAUUGUGGCAUUGAAAGGAGUAAUGGAACCCUUCUAUUGGUCCAAGUUAUGCAACAUUUACACUAGAUUUUGCAUUCAGAUUGGUGGAUGAUUAGCAUGCGCUCUUGUAGCAUCCUUGCCCUUGGCCAUCUUAUCAUCCAUCUGUACAAAUCAACUCUUCAAACUCUACCCUCUGAAUCACAGUAUUUCAUUCAAGAGCAGAGGAUGAUCAGUAAGGGCAUAAGGAAGCCAUGGAAAACAAGAAGAUAUCAUUUGGG